AAUCCGUUUCUUUAUACCCUUAAAAGUUCCUGCUCCCGAACAGGGCGACCCAUUUCACUGUCGCUUCGAUGGGUGCCUGCUUCUUCACAGUGGGAAAGUAGCACUUUUCGGGGCGAAUGGGUUUGUGGGUUCGUGGGUAUAAUCCUUAAAAGGCGUUCGAAUCGAGCUUUGAAUUGUGCGAGUGGGGGGCUUUUCUUGUUUAAUCUUUUUUUCUUCUCUUUUUCUUUUUGGGGGGUGUUAAUUCUUGAGGGGGGGAUUUUCCCCUUCGUAGCGUUGAGGAUAGAUAGGAUAAAAGAAAGAGGCUUUAAUUGGAAAAAAGAUGGGGAAUGUGAACGGAAGAGAAGAUGGGUUGGGCAGUCCAUCUGGAGUCGAUGAAGAAGGUGGCGGUGGUGAUGGUAGUGCCCAGGAUAGCAUGGGUGCGGCCGAUGAGGCGCUCGUUGGGUACCCUGCGCCGGCUGAGUUGAUGGGUCAGUCUCCUCCUCACAGCCCAAGAGCCACCCAGUCUCCUCUGAUGUUCACUCCUCAGGUCCCGGUGGCUCCACUACAGAGACCAGAUGAGAUGCAUGUUUCUGGCCACUCCUGGAUGCAAACUUCCUCGGGUUUUGAAGAUGUAUGUAGUGAACAAGGGAUACCAACCAUGAUCACAUGGUGUUACGGUGGUAAGGAAGUUGCUGUGGAGGGAUCGUGGGACAACUGGAAAACAAGGAUGCCCUUGCAGAAAUCAGGGAAAGACUUCACAAUAAUGAAAGUAUUGCCAUCGGGUGUUUACCAGUAUCGGUUCAUUGUUGAUGGGCAGUGGAGGUAUGUGCCCGAAUUACCCUGGGCCCCAGAUGAUGUUGGAGCUGCUUACAACAUUUUGGACUUGCAGGAUUUUGUUCCUGAAGACCUCGAGAGCAUCUCCAGCUUUGAACCCCCACAGUCCCCGGAGUCCAGCUAUAACAACUUGUUUCUUGGAUCCGAGGAUUACGCAAAAGAGCCGCCCAUGGUUCCGCCUCACCUACAGCUCACGCUUUUGAAUGUGCCGGCACUCCACAUGGAGAUUCCACCGCCUUUGUCGAGACCCCAACACGUGGUGCUCAACCAUCUUUAUAUGCAGAAGGGGAAGAGCAGCCCUGCGGUGGUUGCACUUGGCUCGUCGCACAGGUUCUUAGCCAAGUACGUGACGGUGGUGCUCUAUAAAUCCUUGCAGAGGUAGAGCAUGUGUACUUUGUAUCUGAGUGGGCUGUGUAGUAUUCAGCCAGUCUUUUCCAUUUGAUUAAGAGGGUAAUGCAUUUUGUCAGUGGCUUAUACUAGGAGGUCAGAAAAGAGUCAAUCGCGAAUGGAGCCUAAUUGUAGUGAUUUAGAUGUAGACCAUUUGAUCGGAUAGAUGUUCGCGUCGAUAAUUUGGUCUGGCCUCUUUCGUGGUUUCGCCCGCUCAUGCAACGAGGAAUCUAUCAAACAUGUAGCACUGGAAUUGCAAUACUAAGAACUGCUCUCUCAUUUUGGAGGAGAGAUUGAA